AUGGAACCGAGAUCAAGAGAAACUACUCCUACUCAAGAGGAUUUGGAUUUUAUAGUUGAUGAUGGUUAUAAACAUGACGAGGAUCCAGAUUAUGUUCCAGAUGAUAAAAAAUAUCUAGUUAGUGGAAAUGAUUUCAAAAAGUUAACUCGGAGUGCUAAAAAACUAGGUGCUGAAUCGCUUGAUUAUUCAACACGAAAAAAUAACAAAUAUAUGGCAACACUUCAAAGCGGAAAGAAAGUUCAUUUUGGAUCGCCAAAAUAUCCAGAUUAUCUUAUUCAUAAAGACAAAGAAAAAAGAGAUAAAUAUCUAGCUAGAGCGACAAAGAUUAAAAAUAAACAAGGUGAGUUAACUUAUAACAAUCCGGAAUCAGCCAACUAUUGGUCAACACGACUUCUCUGGCCAAAAAAGUGAUUUAAAGAUUAUAUAAAAAUAAAAUUGAAAAUAAAUUAAGGCUUAAGGAUUAAAUUAUUAUAAUAAAAAAUGCAGUUAUCAGCUUACGAAAAUCUUACUCCAGAGAAUAUUAUUUUUAAUGAUCCUAAAGAGUACAAAGUAAAAGAUAGCAAAAUCAAAUACAAACGUAUUCCAAUUGAAGUUAGUUAUUCAAAUAACAAAAAAGGCCCACUCGUAAUAGAAACUCCAGUUCUUUUCUCUUUUGGAGUAAGUGAGAAGAAAAACCAAGAAACAAAUAAGUUAGUAGGCUACUCUAUGCCAGUAUGUCUUUGGGCUAAAGAUAGUGAGCCGUCUACUAAAGAGCGUGCAUUUUUUGAUGUUAUUAAUAAUAUAACAACUGCCUCUCAGCAAUAUUUAGAGAAUGAAUACGGUGCAGAUUUAGCAUCAACUUUAUCUUCACCAUUUUAUUUCAAACAAGAAGAAUAUACAGAUAAGAAAGGAAAGAAGAAAACAAGAAUAGAUAAUUCAUCAGCACCAGUUCUUUACGCAAAACUUAUUUACUCGGAAAAAUCUAAGAAAAUUAUUGCACUAUUUAAAACAAAAGGAAAGAAGGAUUUAAAUCCUUUCAAAUAUAUUAAUCAGUACUGCAAUGUUAAAAUGGCACUAAUAAUCGAAGGAAUCUUUAUUAGUAAGACUGUAACAUCUUUACAAAUAAAAGUACAUGAGUGCUAUGUCAAACCAUUAAAACCUAGGGAGUCUUUACUAACAAUUGAAGAGGAAGAGAGUGAGGGUGAAGAGAUAACUGAUCAAGUAGUUGAAGACUUACUUUCAUCUGAUAAAGAAGAAAAUGAGUAA